UAAUGAUUCAACAUUACAAAGUAACAUUCAAAUUUUAGCUACAGACAAUAAUUUUUAUCAAAAUUCAGUUGAGUUUAAUCUAAAUUUAGAAGAAUCUCUGCAAGCCUAUCAAGAUUAUAAGAAUAAUUUAGAAAAUUAUAGUAACUUUGAUAAUAAUUUAGAAGUAAAUAAAUUUGAAAGUGGGUUCGAAUUAGAGGAUAUGAAUAGCUUGGAAAGCAGAAAUAAAUUUAAUGAUGGUGAUGAAUUGAUGAAUAGUCUGGAAAGUGAAAAUGAAGUUGAGAACAAUGAUGAAUUAGAGAAUAGUUUGGAAAAUAAAAAUGAAUUUAAGAACAAUAUUGAAUUAGAGAAUAGUUUAUGGAGUAGAAAUAAAUUUGAGAACAAUGAUGAAUUGAAAAAUAAGGGUAGUGAUGAGUAUAUAAGCAGGCUUAAGUAUGAAGAUUCUAAUAAUGAGUCAGAAAGUGAUAGUAAUAAUUCAACUAUAACAGAUACAAGUAAUAUGGAUAUUGAAGUAUUCGAAGUUCAAGAUUUUUAUGCUAUUGUAGAAUAUUAUUUAGUUUAUGAGUUUGAAGAAUCAAAAGUAAUGUUGGCAUAUAUUCAGUGGACAUUGCCUGUUAAAGAAGAUAGUACUAGUAUGAAGACAUUUAGUCAGUUAGGGUUAUAUGCAUUUAUUAAUUCAUCAGCUAUUGAUUAUUGUGUUGGUUUUAUUGAAAUUAAUAAGUUAUUUUAUAUUGUAGAUAAAGAGAUAGAUGAUGAUACAUAA